AUGGACCCAACCGCCAUUUUGAGGCACGACACGGUACGACCAGCCAUGCCGAGCGUCCUACUCGCGCUGGAGCACGCCGACUCGGACGACUACUUCCAGCAGCUGCUCAGCAUUGAUUCCGCGCUGCAGGCCUUGGACACGCCCAGGGACACCUUGACGCUCGAGCUCCAGGCCGUGCAUAAACGACGCGGACGCUUCGCUACCGAGUAUAUGGUUGCCGAACGGCCCCUCGUUGAGCUGAAGGGGCUGAUCCAGAUGCUCGAAACGCUCCAGACGGCAGCACGGAAGGGGUUCAACUCGCGCGCCCGGUCGCUGCGCAAGGUCAAAGUAGGCAUCAUGGAUCUCCCGAACGAGCUGCUGCACAUCAUCUUCGGCCACUUGAAACGCCGUUUAGACGACCCCAACUUCUCCUUCGACUUGGUGGAUGUGGACCCGGACGCCGACGCGAUGGCCAUCCAGAAUGUCAGGCUCACCUGCCGCCGGUUCCGCGACAACAGCUCCCACCUGCUGGUCCGGCAGUUCGACAUUUCCCCCACCCAGUCGUCUCUUGAGCACCUGGAAGAAGUAGCGCGCCACCCGGAGAUCUGGCGGGGCGAGCGGGUCUUGAAGAUAGACCUCAGGUACUACAGCGCCGCCAUGGCCGGAGACCUCCAGGCCUUCUCGGCCAUGUGCUAUGAAAAGUUGCGAAACAAGAUCGACUCCUACGAGGCAAAGAUCAAGUACUCGGACGACGAGAGCUCUGACAAGGAUAAGCCGCCACGCGAGGUGGAAGAGGCCGUCGCGCAGCUUCGGCGCAUCUUGCUCUCCUGGGAGCCAUUCGCGGACGGGAACCCCACCAGGAAACGCACCCGCCGCCACGGGGCGGCGGCGCUCGCCCUUCGCAGGGGCCAUGAGCGCUAUCGCGAGCUGUUCCAGCAGCAACAAGAGAUCCUACGGGGCGGCCACUUCGCGCGGGUCGUUGCCGAGGCCGCGGCGAGCAGCCGCUCAGAGGUCUGGCUCUCCAUGACGGACACUGGGAGGCACCCCGACGACGACGGCCCCCACAUGCAGCAUGUUGGAUACUCGGACCUGGAGGAACUUGCGGACCCCGACUUCCUGGUCCAGUCGUGUCUGAUCCAGCCUCAUGCCUGGUGGCACGCGAAGGGCAGAGACGCGGGGGAGGUUCCACAGUCACUUCUCCAUGAACUGCCCUUGGCGAUGAGUGCAGCGAAAGCCUGCCUGGCUGGAGUCGCAGCCAACAUAACCCGCCCUUUCAGGCUGGGCCUGAACAUGUCGCAGGAUCAGCUCUCUGGCCUCAGUGAGGUUGCCGAGGGCCUCGAGGCCUUCACAUUCCGCAUGUUCGAGGGUAUUCAUCCCGCUCAUGGACCUCGGCCCAGCCCGGAGGAAAUGAGUGCCCUGUAUGCUUACAUCCGUGCAUCUAUUGGCCCUCAAUGCGUUCCGAAUCUGUGGUUAGACCUUUCUACCAUGGAGUUCAUUGUCGAUGAGCUGGGAGUGGCUUACGUGGCGACGGGGCGACUCUCCAUCGAGCCUCUGCUGUGCUCUCCUAGCUGGCACAGGCUCAGGUAUGCCAGACUCGAGGAUUUGGAGAUGGAUUUGCAAGAUCUGACGAGGUUCAUGGGCAUGCUUGAGUCGAAGGUACGCUUCGAUUUGAGGGAAAUUUACCUGAGUAGCGGAACUUGGGCUGCAGCACUAGACUAUCUCCGUUCCAAGGCCGCCUCUGGCUCUCAAUUGCUGCCCCCUGAAGGACCAGACUGCAGAAUUAGGUUGACGGACGCUGAGUACUUUGAUAUCUUCGUGAAGCAGGAUCCGAUCGAAGGGGUUACCAAGGCGACACAGUAUAUUACAUCUGUUGAGGGCGUCGAGAAUCCGUGUCCCAGGAUAGAUGAAGCAAUCGAGUCAAGUCCAGAGCCUUGA